GCCCUUCCCGCCGAGCGCUGGGCAGAGCCGGCCGAGGGGGCGGGCCCGGCCCGUCGCGGGCGGAGGGAAUAAAACCGCGGAGUCGGCCGCGAGGCCCGGCUGGUGGCUGCGCCUCUCUGCUCGCCAUGGCCGCUCCCGCGGGGCGCAGAGUCCCCCUGGCGCUGGGGCUGACCGGGCUGGCCUUCGCCCUCUUCGGCCUCGUCCUGUUCUUCGUCCUGCCCAGCGUGGUCCGGGACCAGGUCAUCAAGAAUGUGAGGAUUGACCCCAAUAGCAUCGCCUUCAGUAUGUGGAAAGACGUUCCUGUUCCUUUUUACCUGUCAGCCUUCUUCUUUGAGGUGAUGAAUCCAACAGAGAUUCGUCUGGGAGCCAAGCCAGUGGUGAAUCAGCGUGGGCCUUAUGUUUACAGAGAGUACAGGUUUAAAACCAAUAUAACGUUCCAUGAUAAUGGUACAGUUUCCUUCCUGGAAUACCGGAGGUUUUACUUCCAGCCAGACCUGUCUCACGGGAUGGAAGAGGAUUACAUUGUUGUGCCAAACAUCCUUGUGAUGGGGGCAGCUGUUAUGCUGGAGACGUUACCUCAAUUUUUGAAGAUGUUAAUAAGUGGCGCACUGGCUGGCUUGGGACAGGGCGCUUUUAUGAACCGAACCGUGGGAGAGAUCAUGUGGGGCUAUGACGACCCUCUUAUAGAUGUGCUGAACAAUUUUGUGCCUGGUUUGAUCCCUUUCAAGGGGAAGUUUGGCUUAUUUGUGGAUUUUAACAACUCGAAUACAGGAAUGUUCACAGUGUAUACAGGGGCCACAGACAUCAAUCAAAUCCACAUUGUGGAUACAUGGAAUGGAUUAAAAAAGUUGAAUUACUGGCGGUCUGAUGAGUGUAACAUGAUCAAUGGGACUUCUGGAGAGAUGUGGCCUCCUUUCAUGACCCCUUCCUCUUCUCUAGAGUUUUAUAGUCCUGAUGCCUGCCGAUCCAUGAAGCUAGUGUAUGAGCAGUCUGGAGUAUUUAAAGGGGUGCCAACCUAUCGAUUUGUGGCUCCGAAGACUUUAUUUGCCAACGGAACAGAUUAUCCUCCAAAUGAAGGCUUCUGCCCCUGCAGGGAAUCUGGAAUCCAGAAUGUCAGCACCUGUCGAAUGAAUGCACCAGUGUUCAUAUCCCACCCGCACUUCUACAAUGCUGACCCUGUAUUGGUGGAAGCCGUCGAUGGAUUACAUCCCAAUAAGGAGCAGCAUGGGCUCUUCCUUGACGUUCAUCCGGUCACAGGAAUUCCAAUGAACUGCUCCAUCAAGCUGCAACUGAGUCUGUAUAUGAAGAAAGUCUCUGGCAUAAGUCAAACGGGACAGAUCAAGCCAGUUGUCUUGCCUAUACUUUGGUUUGCAGAGAGCGGAGCCAUUGAAGGUUCAGUCUUAAAGCAGUUCUACACCAACCUGGUUCUGAUCCCAUCUGUGCUGGAGUACGUGCAAUAUAUCUGCAUCGGUCUGGGCGUCGCUUUGAUUGUUGCUGCCAUUGUACUGGAGGUGAAGAGACAGAUUGAUGUGAAGCAUGAUCUGCAGCCCUGGAGAUGGGUGCAAUGUUGGCUAGAUGUGACAGUUGGCAUGGAGAGAAACGCCAGAGAGAAGAGCCCACGAGAGCCAGACCCACAGACUGAACCACCUCAGUCUUCCGAAACAACACCACUCCUUCAAGAUGAUAGUAAAACAAACCAGAAUGAUGCUGCUGAAGCCUGAAGUGCCAGUCUCUUACAGAAGGGUGAUUCCCACUGGUACCUGACUCUGCUUAGGGAUCAGACUUGCUCUGGGUCCAUUAGCAGGAUCCUAGAAAGGAGAUGCAGAGUUGGAUAAAAUACCUGAUUCCGAACUAUCUUGAGAGAGGCACAAAAUACUCAGAGGCUAUUGAGCUGUAUUGCCACGGCUCACACUUCCUGCAUCAAGACCUGAGAUGAGGAUAAAACCAGUUCAGUCCUAGCAUUGGAAAUACAAAACAUUCAAAGAACAUUUGUUGGCCUGGGGCUGGCAUGGUCUGAGACCUCUCUUUUUUGCUAUUUCCAGCCUGGCAGGGAUGAAGAAUACCUGGUGGCUAAUCCCCUGAAGAGUCCUUUCGUCUGCCCACAUAGUCUCUCUCCACCUAGAAGGUGUUGAGAGAAUUCUAAAAGAAAAAGGCACUGUAAUGAAUAAUCCUUUAAAGCAAACAAGGUUUACAUGUGUAGAAAUAACUGGUGUAUAAAGGAAAAUGUCAGUAUUUAACAACCUGUGCCACUCAAGGUUUAUGGAGAGGGGCUUACUAAAUAGAUCUACACUGGCUGAAGUUGACUCCCAUUCAGGAGGCUAAUGCUAAUCUGGGAAAACUGGCAGCGAUUUGCAGUAGGUCCUAUUCAUCCUGUUUUAAACUGGGAUGGGAUGGGUUCAUUUGCUCGGGUUCACUGAGUAGAAAUGAGUUCUCACAUGCUGCACAGGUUGAGAUGUAUGCUGCCCACUCUUUUUAUAUACCGGUUUUAGGCUAUGCAGCCAUGUGCAGGUGUAAGAUUCAAGGUUGUGGUGAUUGCUGUUUUGGAGGGGUGGUGCUCUAGACUGAAGCCUCAUUCGUCACUGCUCUAAAGCUUAGUGGGUUUUUCUAAUCUGGCUAGUUGGUUCCCAGGUGCCAUUGUGGGUUAGACACGUGGCAGUGAUGCUCAUUUGAUUUUUGCCAAAGAAAUAUUGCUUAGCUCCUUGGCGCUCCCACUCACACUUCUGUGGUGAAAUUCGUGCAGAGGCCACCGACUUUUAACUUGUAUGGAAACCACUUACUUGUAAAGAGUAUCUAGUUUUUUCCCUGGAUUUCAAAUUAAUCUGAGCUCUUCUACCUACACAGAGCCAGCCAGGUGCAUUGCAUUGUUCCACAUAUGAUGUCACUCUUCUCAUUGUUCUACUAGUGUCUUUAAUCAUGACAUUGUAAAAUGUCACCAGGGGUAAGAGCUAUUCCAGAACUGUGCCAUUCCCCAAUCAAAUGAGAUCUCUUCCUUGCAGUAUGACACGGGGUGUGCUACCACAUAUGGAAAAUUAGCUGGCAGAAUGUGAGGCAGGUCACACUCCAGCCAAGAAGACCUCCUGGCAGUUUGCAGGCAGGGUGUUCCAUGUAGCUUUCCACACAGUAAAGCCCCUCCCAUGUCAGGAGAUUCCCUAACUUAGUGGGUGGCUCUCAGGGUGCCUUAAAGGCUGCAGACCAGCGACAACUGAAAUACACCCGAAUGGUAGGAAAACCACUCCUGUGGCUUAAGCUUUGCGUUGUGAGUCCUGAUGGCAGCGAAGGACUUUCCUAUGUGAGGCACGGGGGUGCAUGGGCCUUACACAGUGUAGGGCUUCCAGAGAAGUUGAGGAUUUCUUUUUACCAUGCAAAUUGCUAUUAACUGCUGUGCCCUAAGACUGCCUGGAUCAGUGCUCUGAGAACACUCUCAGUUGGCUGGUCUUAUGGCUCUUGUGCUAGUGUUGGGCGUGCCUGGCAGGUAUGGGAUGUGGAGGGACAUCUAUCAAGACACUAGCUUAGAUCAUAGACUCUUGGCAAAUGAUUUGUAGGGUUCACACCCCACUUCUUUCCCCAGCCCCACCUCGGCUCUCCAGCUGACUCUGCGUUCUGUCAAGCCAGCUGCAUUCUAAAGUCUGAUGCGAUCGCAAAGCUGGGGCAUGUGGGUGUUGGGCGGGACAGCUGCACCUCACUGCCAGCAGGUCCAGCUCCUCCUCUUCCAAUGGCAUCCCCUGGCUAGGGCCUGAUCGUUAAUUGAACAAGGUCUAUGGAUUACCAUUUGUUAGCUCCAGUCCUGUGCACUAACAGUCUUUAGCCCAGGUCCCCUCUGGGAGACUGGUGACCCUCACCUGUGGUGGUGGGGGGGUGGCUCCCCCAAAUGCAGGGGGUUGCUGUAACCAAGGAAACAGUGAGUUAGGAACAGAAGCUUUAUUAAAAGUGGACAACUUUAAUCAUGCUACAAAACUACUCACUAAAGUGACCUUCAACAGCAAAUACUUUAUUUUUAAGUCUAGCCCACCCCUUCCCCCGGUAAAAAUUGCCGGCAGCCCUGGGACGGGAGCGGAGCAAUUCUAGGUGCAGGAGAGCCCUGUUGUGUAGCAGCAGUAGUAGGAAUCCACCCUCUUCUUUUGGUGGGCAUCAGCUGUAGGUGGGUGGGGCCAGAGUCCAAAUCCUUGCUGCUGCCAGGGGAAAGGUAAAGCAGAGAAGGGCUGGGGAGGAGGGGAGAAGAUGUUUAAACAGUGAAGUCAGCUCAGCCGUUGUAUUUAAAAACACUUUUAAUAUCCAUUUUUUAACCACUGUACUGUAAUGCCUUUGCUACCCCCAACUCAACUGAUCGUUUAAAAUAACUCUUUCCCUUCUGUGCUUAUGGGUCCCUUUCUGCUCCUAGACAUAAAAAAAAAAAAUGGAUGCAGUUAUGCCAGUGUCUAUAAAAAUUCUUUUGCUAAUGUAGCAUUUGCUGAAGCAAAAUAAGUUAUACUGUUAUAAAUCCCGUAUAGUGGUAUAACUGUCUCCAUGAAGGUUUUUUCCAGCAUAGCUAUGUGGGUGCACACACAGAUCUCACCCCAUUAUGAUAGCAGUAAAACAUUUUAGAUGUAGACUAAACCUGACUGGCUUCUUGGGUGCUAUGCUGGUAGAAAUAAUGGCUGCUAAGCCCAUCUGCUUACAAGGCUCCAGCAGCUUGAGCCCUAGGCCUAGUUUGGCAUAGUUCCUGUGCCACAUGAGUUUUGUACAGGAGAUGGGGAAUAUUAACUCUCUGAAAGGGAGGCAGCGAGAUGGCUGUGCAAUCCCUCCCUUCCUUACAGUCUUCUGGCCCCAUCAUAAACGUUACUUGCAAAAUUUGCUGUGAUGUACAGUUGCCCUGCCCCCAUAAAGCACCCUCCUUCCAGCAGCUGGCUGCGUUUCCUCUGCUUGUCUGAUGUCUGUCAUUCUGGGAUGUAUUAAGCCACCACAAGCACUUAAAAAACAAACCAACACUGCUUAGCAACAGUCACGGGGACUGUCACCAUCUUUAUCGUGCCAAAGUUCUGAGAAAUACCGUGCCCACCCAGUCUCUGCAUAUGGUGGGCGGGGGUGUGUGUGUGUGAUUGACAAACCAGGCAAUGGGGCCACCUUAUGCUGAGGUUUUUUUGGCAAAAAAUGUCCAAUGGAUGGGAGCAUAUGGGUAGGGUGCUGCUGCAUUAUUUUAAGCACCAUUGUGUGGUCAGAAAUUAUUACCACCUAAAAACUCCCUACCAGUUCACAAGAAGGAAGUUGGUUUCAUUCGAGUUUCUCCUAUAAAUAACCUGAAUUUUAAAAUGAUCAUUACCAAGUACCUAGCCACUAAGAGGUAAGGAAUCAUUUUAAAAAUAGGAACUUUAGUUUCCUAGUGGUCUUUCAAAGUACAAAUAUUAGACUCCACCUGUGGGACCCCUCUCCAGGCUUGUUCUCUGGCAGUCAUGCUUUGUGGAAUUACAUUCAUCAGGAGUAUUUAUUAAAGAAAACAGCUCUCACUAGAGACAUGAAGGCUUCCACACACUUUGAGGGCCGGCUUUGUUUCUCUUGUUUACCUGAUUCUCCACUGUCUGGAAUGCUUGACCAUGGAGAUAUUUACUGGCUGAAUAACAUACUGCAAGUAAACAUAUAUUCCUCUCGCUUGAGCCAUAUGCUCUUUAAGCAAGUGAAAUAGGAACAUGACACUCUUCCAGGCUGCCCCAGCCUUUUAGGACUGUGUCCAGACCAGCAGCAAUGACUUAAAGCCCUCACUUACUCAAGCUCUUGCUGGUGCUACUGUGCCUCACAGAAUUUCAGGGUCGGAAGGGACCUCAGGAGGUCAUCUAGUCCAACCCCCUGCUCAAAGCAGGACCCAACCCCCAAUUUUUGCCCCAGAUCCCAAAUGGCCCCCUCAAGGAUUGAACUCACAACCCUGGGUUUACUCUUCUGCAAACAAAUCUGAAAUGAACAAGCUAGUGUCGCUUUAAAAUAGCAGAUAGUGGAUUUUAUAUAGACUGGAAAGCAGUAUUCUGUAAAUCACGUGACGUUGUUUGUAAAGCCUCAUCUAGAGUAAGAGAAAGUUUUAGAAGUCUACCCUAUAAUUAAUCAUGGAUUAAAGCCUGAGGACUUGAGUUUCAUGGGGCAUGAAAUCGGUGUUUAAAGGUGGAGUGUCAGGAAACAACUCCUGCUAGAAGUACAGCAGAGUGGUCACUGGGGGGCACUGUUGGUACACAGGAGGUAGGAUGAGUGUUUUAUGCCAGCAAACGCACAGACCAAGCCCAGUAAUACGAGGAGCGUGUGUGAAUGGCUGCUGUUAGUGCUGUUAAAACUGACUGAGCCAAGGGAACUUUUUAUAAAGUUUUAAUUUAAUCUCCCAAUGCAGGGGAAAGGAUGGAACGUACAAGCUUUCAUUUUGUUCUGUUCAGGUCUAUCUGACAACCCAGCUGAUCCCUUUGCAGCUGCUCAUAGGACAAUUUUAAUAAUGCUUCCUAUCUCUUUGCAAUACAUUUUUAACUUCUGCUUCUUCCAGUACGUGCCCCGGACAAUAACACCUUGCACUUGUUUAAAGGCCCUGAAGAGCUUCAAGUUUUUUACGAACAUUGAUUAAGUCUCCCAAACGCUCUGUUGGGUCAGGUGCUGUUAUAUUGCAAUAGAUCUAUGGCCGGCUAGGAAUUCAUGGUGGUUGCUUUGCUGCAUCCAACACGGCCACUUAGAACAACAUGGCAACAGCUGGGAUAAAACACAGUUUCCAUCGGGAGAACCUUCAUUAGCUGUCAGCAGUGCAGGGUACAUGACACACAGUUGCGCAGUUCUGAUUCUGUUCAGUAGAGGGCAAUGGUGCACAUACAGCCCUCCUCUUCCAUCAACAUACUCAUUUUACAGCCAAGUAUAAGGUGAGGGACAGAGAGGUUAAAUGACUCGCUUAAGGUAAUGUAGUGAGCCAGUGGCAGGCCAGGGAACAGAACCAGCCCCUGUUCUAACCACUACCCAGCACUUCUUCCACGAGUAACACCUGCAGACUGAAGGGAAAGCUAAGAAAUGCAGCCAUGAUGCAAUACUGAUGUUUACCAUGAUAAUUUUAUUGGCCUUUGUCUCAUUGGGUUUCACGUGCAAGACCAGAAUAUUCACAAGAUCGGACUCAGUGGAGCUAUGAGGUGGCGCUUUCUCAGGCUUGGGCUGGGCGGGCCCCUUUCAGCACAGUGGUUACGUGCUCCCGCUGGGUUCCGUCCUGUCUCACCGGCCUGCUCACCUAUCCUGGGCUAACAAUACCUGGCUUUAUUUGGCUUUCUCCACAGCUCCAAGUGGCAGCAGCUCUUGGCUCCCUCCCUAGCAGCAUGAAAGACACAGCUGGGCACUUCAAAAAUGGUGAAUGCUGAGCUGUUCCCACCUGACAUCUAGGCUCCUUUUUCGCACUCCCUCCCACCCACCCCGUCAAAAUAUGAAUCCCAACCCAAGUCAGAUGAUUGCAUAAUAAUUUCCAUAGAUACAUAUAAGUUGCCGAGAUGUUCAGCAAAUCUCAAAGCACUUCACAAACCAGCCUCAUGACACCCUGGAGACGAAGGGGAGCAUCCUUAUGAUGUUUGUUUUGCAGAAGGGGAAACUGAGGCACAGAGCAUGGCUGUGAGGGUGUGGCAGAGCUGGGAAUAGAAUUUAGACUUCCAGGAUUCCUUUUCUCUGCUCUAAGCCCACUAAUGAGAUCUUUGAUCAAUGGACAAAGCUAACCAGGCUAUCAAGCCACUUUCUCACCUCAGCUGCCUCCGUUCUGCUCGUUUGUGCCUUUGUGGAUUGAUUGGCGUUGCUCCGGCUCUCGGCACACGCUGUCCGGAAGCCACAGCUGGUCAGCAGUUCUGCAAGAUGGUUCCUCAUCGGCUCGGAGCAUUCUGAGUCUACUUCCCCCGUGCUUCAUUCACCUCGUUGGCUCCCUCUGAAGUUUCCAAUUCGUUUAAAAAUGCUUUGAGCAACCCCCAAGUCCUUUCAUGGCCCUGACUCACUCUCUCUGGCCAAUUUCCUUUCUACUCGGCUCUGUACAUUAUGAUCCUUGGCCACAGGACUAUUAUGUCCGCAAAUACAGAUGAAGCACAGACCCCUGCCUUAGUUAAUGUGCCCCCUCUGCUUUCUGCUGCCAGGUCAGCCCCCCCUCCCGCUCUCUGGUCCAAGCACAGUUAAAGGCAUUUGUGUUCGCCUGAGGAUUUUAAUUGGCCUAAACCAGCUUGGUAAUUAUUAGAAUGAUCUCCUGUUACCAUACAGAGCCUUGGGAGGCUCCUUUUAGAAGGUAUUAUCUGUCCUGCCCUAGUUGAACUCAGAGACAUCUAGAAAGAGGACAAAACAGAUCCACAUGCCUGCAAAUUUAGUAGGGUUCAGGCCUGGGUUUUGCUUCAGACCUACUUCUAGCAGGACCUAGUGAAGAAAGACUCUCUCCAGUUCCCUGUCAACAAUCCUCUGGGUCAUUCAGGUUUCAAAUACUACAGGAAGGCAUGUGAUUUGGAGCUAAGUCUGGAACAUGUAUUAUAUGAGUUCUAGCCCCACCCAGUUCUACCACAAACUUCAUGUCACCGUGGCAAGUCACUUAGGCAGAGAGCCACAAAGGUAUUUAGGCACCUGGAUCCCAUUGAAGAGCAGGGCUUUCGCCCCUGAAAAAUCAUGCAAAGGAUGGGAGACACCAUUCAUUAACGUUCUAUGGGGAUUAGUGCCAUAAAAAUGCCCAUUAUAAGUGAAUUAUUGCUAAUCAAAAUGCAUUUAACCAAUAGAAAUCUCUGUGGCUUGUUUCCUGAUGAACUGAAGUGGAGCAAAUUCACUUUGAAAAGCUCAGCUUGCCCAUUUGACUCAGAAUUAUUUUGAGCAGAAAUGCUGCAGGAGAGGGAGCAUUACAGUGUUAUCCCGUGGUUAGUGCAGAGGAGUGGGAGUCAGACUGGGCUCUGGUGUUCUUUUCCUUUUGUUUGAGGCUGGUUUUACAGUGCCUCAGUUUACUCGUCUGUAAAAUGGUCUGACAAUAAUAAUACAUACAUCACCGAGGUAUUGUGGAAACCGACUGGUGCUGGAAAAAGGCUCUAAGAGCCAGCCGAUGGCAAGCGCUGCAUCUGUGCAAACUGUGUAUAGACUCUAUUACCAGCAGGAGAGUGAGUUUGUGUGGGGGGGGGGUGGAGGGUGAGAAAACCUGGAUUUGUGCUGGAAAUGGCCCAACUUGAUGAUCACUUUAGAUAAGCUAUUACCAGCAGGACAGUGGGGUGGGAGGAGGUAUUGUUUCAUGAUCUCUGUGUGUAUAUGAAGUCUGCUGCAGUUUCCAUGGUAUGCAUCCGAUGAAGUCAGCUGUAGCUCACGAAAGCUUAUGCUCAAAUAAAUUGGUUAGUCUCUAAGGUG